AUGGCGGAGAAACCGCAACCGGUGCGAGUUUUGUACUGCGGCGUCUGCUCUCUCCCGCCGGAGUACUGUGAAUUUGGAUCCGAUUUUGAGAAGUGCAAGCCAUGGCUCGUCAAGAACGCACCCGACGUCUACCCUGAUCUUCUCAAAGAUGCUAAUGAAAACGACCUUGGCAAGGUUUCUGAACGUCUUCAAUCUGUCGGCAUCUCAAUCGAUGGCGCUGCUGAUGGGGCUGCCUCAUCUGUUCAAUCUGGAGAGACAUCAGCAUCGAAACCUGCAGAAGUUAAACGUCUUCCCGGAGGCAAAAUCAAAAAGAAAGAGAAGCAAGAAGUUGUAAUAGAGAAGAUUGUACGCAACAAGCGCAAAUGUAUUACCAUUAUUAAAGGAUUGGACCUCUUUGGAAUCAAGCUUAGUGAUGCUUCCAAAAAACUCGGAAAGAAGUUUGCUACUGGUGCAUCUGUUGUCAAGGGUCCAACUGACAAGGAGCAAAUUGAUGUUCAAGGAGACAUAGCUUAUGACGUCGUUGAAUUUAUCACAGACACAUGGCCUGAUGUGCCUGAAAGUGCAAUUACUCUUCGUUGA